CUACACUCAUCACGCCAUCAAGGGGAAGACUUCACAUGGACCCACUGACACGCAGACUGCUAACAUUUUGCGCGGCAGAAAUCUGAUCAGAACUGUAGUUUCCGAUCCUCAAUAUUUCAAACCCAGGAGAAAUCUCUUGCAGAAAGAUAUUCCCUUUUCUCUAUCUCGUUCCUGCAUUCAGUCUUCAUUUCUUGUCGUCGUUAAGAAUUUUAGGGUAUUGAAAAGAUGGGUGGUGGUGGAAGAAAUCCAACAACAAUCAAAGAAAUUUUCUCAGAUUUUAAAGGAAGAAGAGCUGGUAUCCUCAAAGCUCUUACAAUUGAUGUUGAAGAAUUUUACUGGCAGUGUGAUCCAAAAAAGGAAAAUUUGUGUUUAUAUGGGUUUCCUAAUGAGAAAUGGGAGGUUAAUUUACCAUCUGAAGAAGUUCCACCAGAGAUUCCAGAACCUGUAUUGGGUAUUAACUUCGCUAGGGAUGGUAUGAAAGAAAAAGAUUGGUUGGCUUUAGUUGCUGUUCACAGCGAUUCAUGGUUACAUGCUCUUGCUUCCUUUUUCAGUUCCAAAUUUGGACUCCAAAAAAAUGACAGGAAGCGUCUACUUAAUAUGAUGGUUGAACUCCCGACAGUGUUUGAAGUUGUUACUGAAGCUGCAAAGAAACAAAAAGUAAAGAAGAAGUACUCAAUUUCGAAGCACAACAGCAACAAAUCCAAGACAACGUCCAAAGUGCGAGUGCCCGAAACUCAGGCCAAGUAUUCCAGGAUGUCUUCAGAGGAAGACGAAGAGGAUUUAGAGGAGGACAGCGAGGAUGAGGACAGGAGUACUUUGUGCGGGGCAUGUGGUGAACAUGGUGAAGAUGAGUUUUGGAUCUGUUGUGACAAAUGUGAGAAAUGGUUCCACGGGAAAUGUAUGAAGAUAACCCCAGCUAGGGCUGAAUAUAUCAAGCAGUACAAGUGUCCAGCUUGCUCCAACAAGAGAGCAAUUUCGCGAGUAUCCGAUACCCAGGUAAAGUACUCCAAAGCGAUGUCUCCAAUUGAAGAUGAAGAGGGUCUAGAGGAGGAAGACGAGAAUGUGGAUGGGUGUACUUUGUGCGGGGAAGACGAGAACGUGGAUGGGCGUACUUUGUGCGGGGCAUGUGGUGAGAAACCGGACUUGGAUUUGCGUGAGUUCUGGAUCUGCUGUGACAUUUGUGAGACAUGGUUCCAUGGAAAGUGUAUGGAGAUAACCCCUGCUAGGGCUGAACAUAUCAAGCAAUUCAAAUGUCCAGCUUGCACCAACAAGAGAGCACGCCAUUGAGACGGUGUGCAGGUUCUUUCUUUCCUUAUCUCUCCUUAUCAUUUUGUAAUUUUCUGAAGGGUGACAUUGCUAACUGCCUCUUUCUUGCGCCUUGGUUAUACAUAGCUUGGUUUUGAGUACUUGGCUUUUGGAGUCUGCCUGUCACAAGAAAUUCAACUCUAUGUUUAGGUCUAAACAUUCUCAAAUAUGGCUGCUAAUGUAUAUUUUGUUGGAAAUUGAAUUUGCCCUUUUGGAGCCACUAUUAAUGUUUAUAGUUUUUUACUUGAUAAUGACUAAAAAUUAUCAUUUAUUA